AUGAGCCGGCAGCAGGAGUCCCAGGGAGUGGUCUUGACUGGUUACCACAGCAACGCGGAACUCUUGCCGCAACCUGGACUGUCCGUCGGGUGUCCUACGAGUCUGGAGCACGACCCCCAAGCCGCCAGCCGAAGGACGGGCCACUAUAGCGUCCAGCAGAACCACAAUGCGCUUCCUGGUGACACCCCCAGCGUGGAAAGCCAGCGUCCCAGGCCCUCUGUCUGCUCCAAUCCUGGCUCCAGCCCCAGACACAGUCCUAACACCAGGUUGCGAGGGCGGCCGCCAUGUCAGCGCUCCAACUCACAGGACUCCCUGGAUGAGCUGGAGAUGGACGACUACUGGAAGGAGGUUGAGAACAUCAGUUGCUCUGUAGAGAAGGGAGGAAACGAGGGAGCAAAUGACGAAGAGGAGCAGCAGAAACCUCCUGACGAAGGAGAGCAGGAGGAAGCAUGGCUCAUGGAGGCGGGGCUAGCGAGGCUUUUUGACGGUUCUCUUGCAGCUGACCAGGAGCAGGAAGAAGACAGCGCCGCCUUUCUGUCCACGCUGACACGAGCUCAAGCGGCGGCGGUUGAGCGCCGUUUGACCACGCUACAACAAACCCUGCGGAGGCGCAACCGUCAGCACCUGCCCAAUGUCAGGGAUAUAUUUAGACCGCCUGAAAAGAACAAAGAGCCAUGUGAGGUCCAAGAAUUAAGUGAGAGCUCGCCAAGCGACGCCAGCUCAGCCGAACCGGAGACUGUUAUGAACGUGGACGUGGCCUUUUCGGAGCAGGCGCUCACUUACAGGGACGAGAAACCUCGCCUCACUGCCCAAACAACCCCCAACUCGCCAGAUGAUAAGUUACCGAACUUCAGGCUCCUUAAAGAUAAAACUGGACAAACCAGAGUUGGCCAUUUGUCCCCGCCAGACAUGAAAAAGGUCCGAAGGCUGGCUCUGGUGGAAAUGACGGCUCUUUUCGACACGGCUGGCAUCGACCUGAAACAGCAAAAGGCGGUCAAACUGAAAACGAAAGAAAGUGGUUUGUUCGGAGUUCCACUUGUCACUUUACUGGAUCAGGAUCAAAGAAGGGCAGCUGGGACCAAAGUACCUUUUAUCCUGCAGAGGCUUAUCAGUCAUAUCGAAGAGGAAGGAUUAGAUACAGAAGGCCUGCUCAGGAUUUCCGGCGCUGCCACGAGAGUCAAGUCUCUGUGCCAGGAGUUGGAGUCCUGCUUCUACGACGGCACAUUUCCGUGGCAACAGCUGAAGCAGCACGACGCCGCCAACCUUCUGAAGCUGUUUAUCAGGGAGCUCCCGCACCCGCUGCUGACUGUCGAAUACCUCAACGCCUUCAUUUCCGUCAACAAGCUGCCCACCAAGAAGCAACAGUUGCAGGCUUUGAACCUGCUAGUACUCUUGCUACCUGAAGCCAACCGGGAUAGUUUGAAGGCGCUGAUGGAGUUCUUCCAGCGCGUGAUCGAGCACCAGGCCAAGAACAAAAUGACCCUGAACAACGUCUCUGUCGUCAUGGCGCCCAACAUCUUCAUGUUCAAGGGCUGUCGCUCAAAGGUCACAGAACAGCAGGAGUUGUCCAUGGCGACCGGCACCGCCAACAUCGUGCGGCUGCUCAUUAGAUACCAGAACCUCCUGUGGACUAUCCCCAAGUUCAUACUGACGCAGGUCAGGCAGCAAAACAUGGAGAGCCAGCGCAAGCAGAACAAAGAGCGAGCUAUGCGAAAGUUGCUGAAGAAGAUCACUACAGACAAAUUGCCGGAUAAAGCCGUUCCUGAGCAGGAGAACUCUCAGGGCUUCAUCCGUGUCCACGCGCCGCAGUUCAGCAAAGUGUCCAUGGCGCUCCAGCUCACCGAAGACCUGCAAGCGGCCGACGUACUCACACGCUUUCUCAGCCAGAACAGCUCUGUGGCAGCGAAGCGAGAAGACUUGUGUCUCUACGAGAUUGGCGGAAACAUCAAGGAGCGAUGUCUGGAUGGGGAAACCUUCAUGAAGGACCUCUUUCAGCUCAACCCUGCAGCCGAGUGGGUCAUCAAAGCGGCGCAGUGA